CAUUUGCCACACAUUUGCAAAUCCAACCCACAGAAUCGGUAGAUCAUAGCAAUCUCCACCGGCCUACGGUGUUAUUUUUUGCUAUGGGAUAGUUUUUGAUGUGUAGAGGAGCAGCCAUGGUGGGGAGGAGGAGCCAUGGUGGAGAGGAGGACGGGUAGUAGGUGGUGGUGACUAGUAGCAGCAGCUGCAGAGGAGGAGGUGGUGAGGAGGAGGAGCAGGUUGGGGGCUGACCGGAGUUGAACCUCCGGUCGUCGGGGGCGGCGUUGUCGUUCUCCGGUGGUGCAAGUACUUCGCGAGGUGGCCGGUGCCGCUGAGUCAAAGAGAGAAGCAAGAAGCGGACACACACUUCGAAGGUGAAAAUGUCUGAAUCAGUAAAUCUGAAUGUUUACUACGGCGCUGGUAAUGUUCGAUAUAAUGAGUUGGGGGUUGAUCUUAGCGAGUUUAAAAAUGGCGUUAUGACACUAGCUGACCCGGACAGACUGGACAUUAGACAGUUGAAGUACUGGUUGACAACUAGUUUCGGUCUGGAUCCUGAAGUAUGUUCCGUCAGUAUUCAUGCAUUGUGGACCAAAUCUUGUAAAAAUGUCAAGUGGGAGUUGAUGCCGGUAGAUAGGAGCCAGCAUUGGUUGUCCCUGUUAAGACGCUGCCGAGACCGAAGAAUCCACCCAUAUGCACUUGUGCAACCUGUGCCGAAGAAGGAGAAUACCGUACAACUCCACAGGGGGUAUGAACCCGGCCAAGGCAGUGAAGUGGCUAACGAGAUUGUUUUAUCCGGGUCACAGCCACAAGAUGUGGAUGCUAGCCAACCGGAGAAAGAGUCAGACUACGUGCCACACAAUGUUUGUGGUCCUGAUACUGGGCAGAGUAGCCAGUCGAUAAUAUUAGCUGUUUCUGGUUUUGCUGAUGGGGAUGAGGAAGGGGAUGAAAUGCAGAGGGUGAUGGAGGAAGAGGACGAGGAUGGAUUGGUGGAGGAACUGGAUUCUGAAAAUUCUGAGGAUGAAGUUGAGGUACCGAUUCCUUCUGCAUGGGAGCAGGACAUAUCCACCGGCCUUACGGUGAACGAUGGCCAUGAGACUCCAUGGCAGUAUAAUCUGAACCAAGUACAAAUAGGGGCUAUGUUUGAUACAAAGAAAAAAUUGAAGUAUGCGGUGAUAAAGUGGGCUAUGUCUACGCAGAGGGUUUUCAAGACACACAUAUCAAGUCCAACAAACUAUACCGUGAAAUGUGUUGUAACAGGUUGUCCUGGGAAGGUGCACGGUCACGUGCCGAAGUAUGACAUCCACUGGGUUGUCACCAUUGUCGUCCCACAUAAUUGUGUGAGGACGAACCUGCUGGUGAAGCAUCCGAACCUGACUUCAAGUCUCAUUGCGCAACUCAUGUAUACUGAGAUAGUAGAGAAGAAAGAUAUGGAAGCAAAACACAUCCAGACAGCAGUGAAGGUCAGAUGGAAUUAUGUCAUUGCUUAUGGGAAGGCUUGGAGGGCUAAGCAGAAGGCUAUGGAGGAAAGGUUUGGGACGUUCUUCGACUCAUAUGAUAAUGUUGUCCGUCUCCUGGGCAUACUGAAGGAGAGGAAUCCGGGCACUUAUGUGAACGUACAACACAUGAGGUUGCUGAGUAUACCAGAUUUCAAGGUGUUGAAACGAGUGUUCUUCUCAUUUGCUAUGUGCAUCGAAGCUUUCCGGCAUUGUCCUCCUGUUAUGUUUGUGGAUGGUACAUUCCUGACCGGUCAGUAUAGAGGGCAAAUCCUGACUGCUAUUGGUGUGGACGGGAACAAUCAAAUCAUCCCACUUGCCAUGGCAUUUGUGGAGGGUGAGAACUUUCUCAGCUGGGUUUGGUUCUUCCGCCAAGUGAAAAUUGCCAUCGUGAAGGACCGACCAAACGUGUGUGUCAUUCAUGACAGACAUGCUGGUAUAUUGAAGGCCGUGAAGACACUUCGGAAUCCAGCAGAUGACGAACCAACACCUUGGAGGGACUUGCAGAGCCGGUGGUGCAUGCGCCAUCUUGGGGCUAAUUUUUUCUCACAGUUCAAGAACAAGCGGUUGAUGAACUUGUUCAAAAAAUUAUGCAAGCAGAGCCAGCAGCGGAAAUACGAAUUUAUUUGGUCAAAACUAGAUGAGUUUACUAAGAAGCAGGUCCGUGCAAGGAAGAAAAUGGAAGAAGAUCAGGUUAAAUUAGCAGCACUCAUCGCGGAGCUAGAGGAGCCAGUUCGUCUUUGUGACUUGCCAGCAAUUGACCCUCCUAAUACUAAGAGAAAGAAGGGAAGGGCAAUAAAGAAUUUUUCUGAGUGGAUAGAGAAAGAGCCUCCAAUGAAUUGGUCUUUGCUGCAUGACACACAUGGAGCUAGGUAUGGCCACAUGACAACCAAUCUUGCAGAGGUGUAUAACUUUGUGCUGAGAGGGAAUAGAGCAUUGCCACUCACGAGUUAG